CAACGCUUAGGCUUUAUAUUGAUCCCUACCAUUUGCCAAACCCUACCCGCCUCACUAUCAUUUCAUCCGACGCCGUCGACGCCAACUCCGACAAUGAAGUACAAUCCGCGCGUCACAAGCUCCCGCCGGAAGUGCCGGAAGGCUCACUUCACGGCGCCGUCCAGCGUCAGGCGCAUUCUGAUGAGCGCGCCGCUCUCGUCGGAGCUCCGUAGCAAACACAACGUCCGUUCAAUUCCGGUCCGGAAGGACGACGAGGUCAUGGUGGUCCGCGGCACAUACAAGGGAAGAGAGGGUAAGAUCGUCCAGGUUUACCGCAAGAAGUGGGUCAUCCACAUCGAGCGCAUCACUCGGGAGAAAGCUAACGGAAACACCGUCAACGUCGGAAUCCACCCGUCCAAGGUCGUCGUCACCAAACUGAAGCUGGAUAAGGAUCGCAAGGAUCUGCUUGACCGGAAGGCGAAGGGAAGGGCAGUUGGAAAGGACAAGGGGAAAUUCACCGUUGAUGAUGUAGCCGCAGCAGCCGGAGCUUCAUCUAUUGAUUAGGUUUGGUGUUGCUCUUUUAUUUAUGCUUAUUUUGAAUCUAUUCUUAUCAUCUGAACCAAAUAUCAGCGUUUCUUAUCUGUAACUUGGUAAGUUUUCCAGAACCAUCAAAUUUUCGAUCUAAUGCCAUUUCAUGUGCGUUUUUUCCAUCUUAGUUUGUCCGAUAUAAUGCCUGCUUCAUUGCUUAGAUAUAAGCAUUUCGUUCAUUAGUUUUCAAAGGGUGUUAUGU